AUGUAUAUUGAAAGUUCAUUGCAGACAAAUGCAACACGUGUCUAUUGUGGGUUGGGCUGCGAAGAGUCAGAGGAGGCAACGAUUGUGACCAAGAAGCCUCAGUGGAAUCACCAAUGCUCUAUGUUUUACACCUACAACUUAGAACGAAGAAGAAAAGACUGGUAUCUAUGGCGAAAGGAGAUUUGCAUCAAUACUACGAUCACAUUUGAGAUAUCUUGUGGAACGCAUCGCGAUCCGAGGCUGUUCUACCUGAAUAACGAGCAGUUGUUCGAGUAUGAAGACGCCGAAUGA